AUGAACUACGACCCGAUCCACGACACGUACCUGGCGCCGGAGGCCGAAAAUAGCGCCGGCCAGGAUCCCAAAACGGACCCUUCCACCUCGGCUCCGGAAAAACCACAUUCCGAAGCCCAACCUCACAUCUCCAAAGAGCCUACCCAGGAGCUGUCAAUUGGCCACAACGGGCCUUCUGCUGCUGAAGCGUCGCCUAGCCAGAAUUCAUGGAAACCCGAGCCGGUAAAGUCCGAGCCGGUGGCACCAUAUAAGCCAUUUUCCAUCGAUAGCCUUAUGGGAGGAGGUCAGGAAGCUCCAGCUCCUCAAAGGGAGGUUCCGUUGCCUUCGACGAUACCGCAGCCGCAAGCGGCCCGGGAGGGCUUUAACGCUGUGGAAAAUCAGACCAAUCAGGAUCCUAGAAUCCACGAGCCGGCUCUCGAAAGAGAUCCUAGACUUACAGGAUCUGCUCCACAAGCCAAUCCUGCCGUUCCAGCUACCCAGCCUGUGGCUCCGCUUAACGCUGGAACUGAUCCUGGCCAGCAGACUACACCAGCAAAGCCGUCAGUGGAACCUAGAAUCCUGGACAUCACAGACCCUCAACUUCCUGGAAACGACAAAACGGAAGCCAAACCACAGACUCCAGCCAAGGAGCACAAGGAGGAGCACCACGGUCUGCCCGAGAGCGCAAUGUCUCCAGAGGCCGGCCAGCUUCCGCCGGAUUUCAGAGAAAUCUCUCGUGGCUACAAGUACCUCAAGAAAGCUGACGGUGAGCCUUUCUGGAGGAAAGAUAUCCAGUACGAUUUCCUCCACGAGCUCUUUACCGACGAAACACGCUGCUUCACAAACUACUUUCCUUACUGCGAGGUUACAAAUGCCGCCAACGGGCCCAAACUUACCUUUGCAGAACUAUAUGUGCGUACUUUGGCUGAGUCGAAUAAACUGUCCAAGAUUCUCCGUGAACGUUUGAUCAAGGAAAAAGACAUGGGCGUUGCCGUGAGCAAAGUGUGUCUUCUAGUUAAUGCCGGCAGAAUGAACACGACCGUUAAUUUUGUCCCAGAUAUGCGUUCUGCGCUUCGAACAUACCACCUGAUUCCGUCGCUCCAAACCUCUGGCGACGGCGACUCAAGACCAUUGCAGGAUACCCCUCGUUUAAAGACAAUUCUUAAAGCGGUCUGUGACGACCAGAAACACCUCCUCACGCUACUUGACCUUUUUAAGAACCGGGACCUGAAGAGGCCCAACACCAACGUCAUCAAGUUGAUCUUUCUCAUGUCAACCUUUUUCCAAAACAUCCCCUUCCAUUAUGACGAUUCUUACGAGCACGAUUCUUUCCUGGAGAAGUUCCGUUUCAUCAAGGCUUCUCCAGGCCCUCAGAAUAAAUUCAUGGAGUUCUUCUUGAACGACGAAAUCCACCCCAAGUGCCGUUCCCGAAGAUUCCUCUGGCUCAUGUACACCUACCUCGAAACAAAUUUCACGGCUGAGGAGAUUGCAGACAAUCCUUUUAACGCACACACUAUUCCUCCCUUGGAUUACAUCGCCGAGGCUGAAUUGCCCAACUACGAUGUCGAUGCAGACUAUGAGGUUGAGUAUGCCAUUCAAAUGUACCACACUCGUAUGAUGCAUUUGUCCACUGACGCCCACAAUCCUCUCCCGAAGAAGGGCAACAAAAGCAGAAGAGAGCGCCAGAAAAUUCAAACGCAACUUAAUGAUGGUUCUGGUCUGGGUUCAACUGCAUACCCAGAAGACCAGGACGACCUGAUGAACGUUGAUGAUUCUACGCUUCCUCACCAGGAGGAGCCUGAGGUGAAACCUGAGCCCAUGGCUGUUGAGCCAGUCCAGCCUAUCCAGCCUCCCCAGCCGGUUCAAGAUAUCCCUGCUGUUCAAGCCGCCCAGCCUGCUGCGGCUGCUCCGCCUGUUCCUGAACCUCCUUCUAGCUCCUCACUGAUUUCAGAAAAACCUGUUGUCGAAAAGCCACACAAGAGGAAGAGACCCGCUCCAUCAGUCGGCUCGCUUGUGGAAGAAAACAGAAAACCUGUUCUUGAUGAAGACAGACAGAAGCUAACUACUCCUGAGUUUCCCGUCGAGGGGCUUCAAGAAAUGCGUGAUCGUUUUGCAACAUCGACUCCAUCUAAUCUUUACAAACCGCUUGUCAAAGACGGUCCACUCUCAGCAGCCAGCAGAAAGAAGAUUGCUAGCAAACUGAAAUCCACUGUUGAACUUGUUUCUAGAACGAUUCCCCGCAAAUUCGAAGCCACUAAGGAGACAAUGCUACGCUGGCUCCACGACUAUUUCCAAUACAGACGGUCUGUCGGAAGCAAGUUGCUCGGCAUCGAAUGGGAGGACAUCAGAGGCGAUGUUGCCAAUGGCAUUGAGGCUUACCUGUACCAGCAGGAGGGUAAGCAGCAUCUUCUACAAAAGUAUGAACGAGUCAGAGAUGACGAUGAAUUUGAUGUGGAGGUUAAGCGAGAGAUAGGGGUUCCUGGUGAACCAAACUUAGGCGACCUUGCGCCUAUUGACAUUGGUGCUGUCGAGAAGAUUGGCGCCGGGUUCGAGCCCAAGAGGGAUUAUGACAGAGUCAAUGAGCGAAACGUGUUCGAGCUCGACAUGUUGGAGAUUCUCAGCGAGGUGAUUGCCAAAAAGAGGGCCAAGCGGCCCCGUUUCAGCAGGGUCUCCUUCGACUUGGACAAUGCCACCCUCUCAUAUAAAUAA